AUGGACAGCAAUGACAUUUCGCCAGUGUCCGAUAUCCCCAUGAGAAAGAGAGGGGGCAGUGGCGGUGGAUGCUCCCGGCUCGGAGCACCGGGCGUCUCUGGCAACAACUGCACAAGUAGCGGCAGUAGUAGCAAGAGUUGCGUGGAGUCCAAGGCGGAGGACAAGGGGGGUCAAGCCGCCCAGAGACUGAAGUUUGUCGCAGCAAACCACGCCAGCAUGGACGAGGCGGACGACGGAGAAGAAGAGUCCAAGUUUCAGCACCCGCGACUGCGCCGAGCCGGUGGAGGGGGAGCCGCGUCUACGGCGCGUAAGAGGUCCAGCAUCAACGAGCUGCCUUGUGCGCAGGGGGAGCAAGCAGCCACUUCCUCCGACGCCGCCGUAGCGACCAAACCGUCUGCAGCUCCGACGACGCGCCAGGCGGGACAUGCUGCCCCGCGAAACGAGCCCGUCAGAAGCGGGGACGGGCGAGCGAACACGACCGUAGUAGCGGUCACGGUAGAGGCGACGCAUGCUCCGGGUGAUGGAAGCACCAGCACGGGUCUAGCCUCCAGCAUGAAAUGCAACAAAAACGGGGAAUGCCGGAGGGACUCCGGGACUGGGAGCCUCCGUUCAAUCAUGUCCAAGCCGGACAAGCAACGGACGGAGGACGGCAGCAAGCCCGGCGUCUGUAACUCCAGCACCGCCAGCAUGGACGGGAUGACCACACCUGUCGGCUCCUUGACGCUGGGCCACGGGGGCGACACGGCCGGAGGCAACACCCCGGGCUCCGGUGGGGUGCCCGAGAAAAAGGACUCCAAAGUCUCCUUCUCCAAUGCGCCCAGCCGGAAAGCCUCGUCGUCGGUGCACGGCGCAACACAUCCCGGGGCCCAGCAGCCGCGGAAUUCCGUUACCUUUCAGAAGACCGAGGACGGACCGGCGAUCGUGGCGGCGGCCGCGGAGGACACGGACGCCGGGGGCAGCCAGGCGAGUUUCAUGCAGCGGCAGUUCAGCAGCAUGCUACAACCGGGAGUGAACAAGUUCUCCUUACGCAUGUACGGGAGCCAAAAGGCGGUGGAGAGGGAACAGGAGCGGGUGAAGUCGGCGGGGAACUGGAUUAUUCACCCGUACAGUGACUUCAGGUUCUACUGGGACUUCACCAUGCUUCUGUUCAUGGUGGGCAACCUGAUCAUCAUCCCCGUGGGCAUCACCUUCUUCAAGGACGAGACCACCACGCCCUGGAUCAUCUUCAACGUGGUGUCGGACACCUUCUUCCUCAUGGACCUGGUGCUCAACUUCCGCACGGGCAUCAUCAUGGAGGACAACUCCGACAUCAUCCUGGACCCCAAGACCAUCAAGAUGCGCUACCUGAAGACCUGGUUCAUCGUGGACUUUGUGUCGUCCAUCCCGGUGGAUUAUAUCUUCCUCAUCGUGGAGAAGGGCAUCGACUCCGAGGUGUACAAGACGGCGCGCGCCCUCCGCAUCGUCCGCUUCACCAAGAUCCUCAGCCUGCUCCGCCUGCUGCGCCUGUCCCGCCUCAUACGCUACAUCCACCAGUGGGAGGAGAUCUUCCACAUGACCUAUGACCUGGCAAGUGCGGUGAUGCGUAUCUUCAACCUGAUCGCCAUGAUGCUGCUGCUGUGUCACUGGGACGGAUGCCUGCAGUUCCUGGUGCCCAUGCUGCAGGACUUCCCCUCCGACUGCUGGGUCUCCCUCAACAAGAUGGUGAACGAUACGUGGAGUGAGCUCUACUCCUUCGCCGUCUUUAAGGCCAUGAGUCACAUGUUGUGUAUUGGCUAUGGCCGGCAGGCCCCUGAGAGCCUCUCGGACAUCUGGCUGACCAUGCUGAGCAUGAUCGUGGGGGCCACCUGCUACGCCGUCUUCAUCGGCCACGCCACCGCUCUCAUCCAGUCGCUCGACUCCUCGCGCAGGCAGUACCAGGAGAAGCUCAUCAGUCAGGAGAACAGGGGGAACCGUGAGCUCAUCAGUCAGGAGAACAGGGGGAACCGUGAGCUCAUCAGUCAGGAGAACAGGGGGAACCGUGAGCUCAUCAGUCAGGAGAACAGGGGGAACUGUGAGCUCAUUAACAGGGGGAACUGUGAGCUCAUCAGGAGAACAGAGGGAACGGUGCUCUCAUCCUAG